CAAAAGUUGCAGAAAAAGCCAGGUUUUGGCCACCUUUCCGCACCUGCCUUGUCCGUAGAACAAAUCUACGCCAUGGACAGAGUUCCUUCCUUUGCGGGUAAAGGGAGAAAAUUUUAGAUAGAUCGCACGUGACAAAAGGAAACGGAGAUUUUCUUUGUGGCUUUCUGCUGCCUACCAAAAUAAAAAGGUUUUGGUUCAUUUCUUUGUCCGUCUCUCACUUUUGUUCUUUUGUGUGUGAUAUUUCUUCCUUUGUUUAAUUACCAAGGACCCUGAUCUCUCACAGUCAAUUCUGUGCCCCGCAUGAAAAUCAGAUCUUGCCUGCUUUGCAACACAAUUUCGACCACCCCUUUGCUCUCCACAACUCGUCUCAACUGUGCGGCCAAGGGCGGCCUUUAUGCGAUCGGCAACACCCAACCCUCCGUCGAUCCAACUUGAGCGAGUGGAGGGUGAAUUGGAGGGGUAAUAAGAAGGCUUCUUUAGAACCAAAUUUACCCACAACAAUGAAGACGGACGGACUAAUCCCUGCUUGCCGAUGUGCACUGGACGAGUCCUCCAUGAUGACGAGUGGACAAACCCUGUCACUUGCCAGCGGAGUCCAAUCCGACUUUAUCAUGCUUGGUCUAGAUUUGGCCCAAUACUUUUUCAAGAAUGAUUUAAUCGCACUCACUGCAUUCUACCCGGUUACCAGACAAAAAGUGUCACGUCAUCUCACGUUGCCCGUUUCUCAAUUCUUCAAGAUGUGGCUAAAGAAACAGCCUGUCUGGCUCGUCCAAAUAUAACCGACCGAACCGGCCAUCUUUCGCUGCAUGGAACAAGGCGCUGGGUUAUUCUGACUGGUUGAUCUUGAUAUUGCUUAGCCUGGAUUCUGGACCCAUUGUCCAGACUUGGUCCGGAUGUGCCCAUGCUAAUGGCCAGAUCGGGGGUGUUCUUGGCCUCUGGGCAAAUGCAUAAGCAAUGAUCACUGUACCUUGCAAGCCUUGCUCGCGGAUGUGUCUGUCGCUAACGAGACGCGACGCUUUCCGGAUCCACCAGAUUCACCCAAGCAGAUCCUAUGCCUUUUUACUGCGUACCAGUGGCGCUCAAGAUCCCGGUCACGACGGAUGGUACCUUUCAAGACGACAUCCACAUCCCGCUCUCGCCCUGGUCUUUGUUGGGAGACGAGGUAGGAUCCCUUGUGCUUGGCAAUCGUCAGCCAUGGUUCUGGGCGUAUGCAUAUGCUAGGGCUCUCCGAGAACGUCGUGACGGCUUUGGCAAGUCGCCAUGGCAUACAUUUUAAUUCUCCGACUUCAAAGUUCUUUUUUUAUUUAUUUUGUGCCACUUUCAUGUUAUCUCUAUUGUUAAAAUGGGUUGGUGAUCCUCCGUGUAUUCUUCAUCCUGCCCUUAUUCUCUUCGAAUUCUUAUCCGGCAGCUGAGCUGGGUCCUGGGGGGUUUUGCUUCUUUGCUCGUCAAGGUUGCUCUGCCUCCGCCUCCUUUACCAGAAAAAGUCCAACAUCCGGCUCAUGCCAGCAAAUCUUUCCCCUUGCUCUUUCAUGGUGCGACAUGCGAAGGUUUUAAGUAUGUUAGCCAAACGAGGUUAUGAGACCUCCAUUCUGGCACUUGCUACAGUCGUCGGCGCCACUCCGCUACUAUCGCCUUUCGACUCGGAACACCAGCACGGUUUGUUACCCUCGGCGGAGAGUGUCACAUUCAGCUUGCGCAGCUGGUCAGAAAACCUGGAGAGCGCGCCUAUGAACUCUCAGGCUCGUGACGAAAGCAUAUUGUGGCGGAUAUGGGCGAGGUUCUUGGAUACUCUGCGGGCUCCAAGAGAGUCCCUGGAAAAUAUUCAAGGCAGACAAGAGACUUGCGACCUAUGCGAGAGGGAUUACAUAACACCGCAAAUACACAACCUCCCAAGGGAUCUUAUCUCGACUGUCUUUGUCACAGCAACCUUGACAAGUACAAGCACUUUCACAUCUUUCUCGGCAACGGUUAUAUCCACGGUGACCCAAACCCUGACUUUUGUUGAUGCAAGUCAUCCCACUGCUGCCAUCGCGCCCGGCCUCAAACUCAGACGCUCAAAUGCUCAGCAAAGCGGCUGUGCAACGGCUACUACUGCGCUCCUGGCCACCAAGACUCUGCCAAGGCGUCAGCAAGACAGCACUGUAGGAGAGCCGGUGCCUGAAAGCACAACAACGUUGACGGCCACUAGUAUUUUGACUACGACUGUCACCGUCCAAGGUGGAACUCGGACACGUUUCCACACCAUCUUUGAGACCACUAGGAUUGCUCCUGGCAUUUCAAGUACCUUUUCACCUGGGAUGCCCGGAGGAUCAAGCACUGUUGUAAGACCAACAAAUACAGAGGGGGCUGAUACAGGGCCAGGGUCAACCACUCUGUCAUCUGUGCCAUCAUCAACCCCGACACCAACAGGCAGUCUAUCUGCCAGCACAGUGGUAACUGUUACGGUUACGACUGGACCUGUUAUUACGACCAUAAUAAACCCCACCAAGACGCUUACCCAAACCACAUUCCCAUCAUCAUCCCCUCCAACAGGGCCCCUUGGUCAAAGCCAAUCAUCUCUAAGGGCGGACCAGGUAUCAGGCAUAGUGCUUGGCAUCAUACUAUUCAUCAUACUUUUAAUAAUCUUAAGUUUACUCUUCUUGCGAAGGGUGCAGAACAGACGAUCGACAGAAGCAAGCCAGCGCCAGCAAUUGAGCCCAGAAUGCGCCUUGGUCCCCUUCAACUCGCCCGCAACCUCGCAUUCAACUCCAGGCAGCGCGGGCCAGGUCCGCAUAGUCAUCAGACCGGCGCCGCCGUCCUCGAUAUCCGCCAGGGGUGACUCGUGGCCCAUACCGCCGGGCCACGAGGGCCAGCCCACGCUCUUUCUGGACAACAAUGGCAACACUCCUGUGCGGACGACGCCCACGCGCUGGAGCAUCACGAGCGACUUUGGCGACAUGCCGGGCAGCGGCGGCAUUGCGCGGAACAGCGGCCCGCUCGCAUCGCUGCGUCACUCGGGUGUGCCGUCCUCGGGCGUUAUGGGGGAGAUGAGCCCGGGGCCAAGCUUGGGAGACAGGAUUGACGGUUACUAUUUCACUCCUGCGAGCGGGGGCAAUAGCGAGCACAGCGGAGAGGCGGAGAGGUCGUCCCAGGCAAGGAACGAGAGCCAGCCGAAUGUUAGCGGACCCGAAAGUGUGGGCGGUCCGUCCAGGGGCAGCAGUACCUUUCGUACCAGGCUUGCGCCGCCGCCCUACCAGUUUGGGCCACCUGAUUGGGGAGGUGUUGGCUACGGCCGUGCAUUCUGACAAAAUGAUGCACGUUUUUUAUUCUUAAUGGUAUUAAGUAAAAAAAGCAUUCUUGAAGACAAAAAAAGUUAUUUCUAUCCAACAUGAUUUACAACUGUUUACGUACUAUUGUGUUGUUCGCAAUUGCCAACUUUUCGUCUGGCUUUAAGCUUUUUUCGUGAGCUUGAAUACUAUCCACACAAUAUGAAGCUAAAUGCCUGCUGCUUAGUUCCGGAUAUGUAUGUAACUGGAUGGGGAGUGUUGGUGCUGCCUG